AUGGAUGACUUCUCCUUCUCCCGCUCCAGCACGCACCAGCAUCGCCGGCAAGGCGCGCGUUCUUCCUUCACCAGGGCAGACAACUCCACCUCCUUUGCCGCCCCAGUGCUGGUCGGACGCCGGGGCCUCUAUGACAUGUCGUGGCAGAGCUCCGUGUCCUGGCAACCGGAUACGUCUUGGGCGCAGCCGCACGGCCUCGGUGCAGCCAUCGGGCCAUGGGCACCGGUGGGAUCGGAGUCUGCCUCCCGGCGUGGGCCAGCGCUUUUCCGCCGGACGGCAAGGGACUACUACUUGUCAACACGGUCCAGACGAAUAUACCGAGACCGAUCAUCGGUGGCGAGGCAGUCCCGUGCUUGUGGCGGCAAGCGCCUGGAGCUACAGAGUGUCGUGACCGAUGCGAGCCGGGCCAUCGUUGUGGCGCCCAACACUUCUUUUGCCAGCAACGAUGACAUCGUCAGCACGACCACCACCGUCCGUACUGCCGCCGGCCUAGACUCUGGAGACAAGGGGAUGGUGAAGCACAGCGGCACCUACAACAACACCAUGUCCCGUGAAGUCUCCUUUUCGCGGGACAACCACGACAAGCUCUACGUUCCGCCGCGGCGGGACGCGCCUAGCUUUGGCUACGACGUCAGCAUCGCGUCAUACAGCCGCAGCCAGCGCUACGACGACGAUGACGGCUAUGGUUAUGACGGCAACGACGACGGCGACUGUGAGAUCGAGGUGAGGAUCGGAAAGCCUGUCAGCAUCACCGGGCUGUUUAAGUAUUCGACGCCGUUAGACAUCCUCCUCCUCGUUCUCGGGUGUGUUGGUGCCACAAUCAACGGUGGCUCACUUCCGUGGUACUCAUAUCUGUUCGGGAAUUUCAUCAACAAGGUUAUCAACACCGAUAAGGCACAGAUGAUGACGGAUGUCAAACAGAUCAGCUUUUACAUGGUGUUCCUUGCUGCGGUAGUUGUGAUAGGGGCCUAUCUUGAGAUCGCGUGCUGGAGGAUUAUUGGCGAGAGGUCGGCGCUCCGUAUACGACGGGAGUACCUGAAGGCGGUGCUGAGGCAAGAGAUUGGGUUCUUCGACACGGAGGUGAGCACGGGCGAGGUGAUGCAAAGCAUCUCCAGUGAUGUCGCCCAAAUCCAGGAUGUCAUGGGAGAGAAGAUGGCAGGCUUUGUGCAUCACGUCUUCACCUUCAUCUUCGGUUACGCGGCCGGCUUCACCAAAUCAUGGAAGAUUGCUCUUGCCGUCUUCGCUGUCACACCUCUCAUGAUGUCCUGCGGCAUCGCCUACAAGGCCAUCUAUGGCGGCCUCACCGCCAAGGAUGAGGCAUCAUACCAACGUGCAGGCAGCGUGGCCCAGCAGGCGAUCAGCUCGAUACGGACUGUCCUUUCCUUUGUGAUGGAGGACCGGCUGGCUGACAAAUACUCUGAGUGGCUGAACAAGGCAGCUCCAAUCAGUAUAAAGAUGGGCUUCGCCAAGGGCGCAGGUAUGGGCAUGAUCUACCUAGUAACCUACUCCCAGUGGGCUCUGGCGUUGUGGUAUGGCUCGCAGCUGGUUGCCAAGGGCGAGAUCCAAGGUGGCGACGCCAUCGCCUGCUUCUUCGGUGUCAUGGUCGGAGGAAGGGGAUUGGCGUUAUCGCUGUCCUACUACGCACAGUUCGCACAGGGGGCGGUGGCGGCGGGGCGAGUCUUCGAGAUCAUCGACCGGGUGCCGGAGAUAGACGCCUACGGUAGCGGCGGUCGCAUAUUGUCGACAGUGAGGGGGCGGAUCGAGUUCAAGGACGUGGAGUUCACGUACCCGUCGCGGCCGGAGGCCAUCAUCUUGUACAACCUGAAUCUUACCAUCCCCGCUUCCAAGAUGCUGGCCCUUGUUGGCGUUAGCGGAGGGGGCAAGUCCACUAUGUUCGCGCUCAUGGAAAGGUUCUACGACCCGACGCGAGGGACGAUCACGUUGGACGGCCAGGACUUGCCAUCGCUAAAUCUUAGUUGGCUGCGCUCACUGAUCGGCUUGGUCGGCCAGGAGCCCAUCCUAUUUGCCACCUCCAUCAUAGAGAACGUGAUGAUGGGGAAGGAGAACGCGACGAGGCAAGAGGCCAUUGCGGCCUGCACCAAGGCCAAUGUUCACACCUUCGUCCUGGGCCUGCCAGAUGGCUAUGAUACACAGGUUGGCGACCGUGGGACCCAACUGUCGGGUGGGCAGAAGCAGCGGAUCGCGCUCGCGCGCGCAAUCAUCCGGGACCCGCGCAUCCUGCUGCUGGACGAGCCCACCAGCGCCCUGGACGCCGAGUCUGAGGCUCUGGUGCAGCAGUCUAUUGACCACCUUUCAGCCGGACGCACCGUGGUAGUCAUUGCCCAUCGCCUCGCCACCGUCCGCAAUGCCGACACCAUCGCCGUGCUCGACCGUGGGGCCGUAGUGGAGUCCGGCCGCCACGCCGAUCUGAUGGCUCGGGGCGGUCCAUACGCUGCCCUUGUGAAGCUCGCGUCGGAUAGUGGCAGGUCCGACGCCUCUGAGCCCAGCAAACCAGCUACUGCCACCACGGAGAUGUACAACAGUUUCACUGACGAGUCAGGGUAUGAGAUGUCUAUGAUGUCCAAGUCACGGUACCGUGUUCAGAUGAUCCACGGAGAAGCGAGCCAGAAGGAUGCUGACGCAAAGUUCAGUGUCUCAGAAAUAUGGAAGCUCCAGCGGCGGGAAGGCCCGUUGCUGAUCUUGGGUUUUCUGAUGGGCAUAAACGCUGGAGCUGUGUUCUCGGUGUUCCCGCUGCUUCUGGGCCAGGCCGUCGAGGUGUACUUUGACGCCGACACGUCAAAGAUGAAGCGGCAGGUGGGCUAUCUGGCGGUUGCCGUGGUUGGUCUUGGCGUCGCUUGCAUCCUGACCAUGACAGGGCAGCAGGGUCUGUGCGGAUGGGCGGGUGCUCGGCUCACCAUGCGUGUCCGCGACCGCCUCUUCCGUGCCAUCAUGAAGCAGGAGCCAGCGUGGUUCGACGAGGAAGACAACGCCAUGGGUGUCAUAGUUACACGGCUUGCGCGGGACGCCAUCGCGUUCAGGUCCAUGUUCGGAGACAGGUACGCCGUGCUCUUGAUGGCUGUGGGCUCAGCCGGUGUGGGGCUCGGCAUAUGUUUCGCGCUGGACUGGCGAUUGACGCUUGUCGCCAUGGGCUGCACUCCGUUGACGCUUGGUGCCAGUUAUCUCAACCUGCUCAUCAACGUCGGUCCAAAGUCGGAUGAUGGCACGUACGCACGGGCGAGCAGCGUUGUCGCUGGCGCCGUGUCCAACGUGCGCACGGUGGCUGCUCUCUGCGCCCAGGGCAACAUCGUCCGAACCUUCAACCGGGCACUGGAUGCCCCCGUGUCCAAGGCCCGGAGGAGGUCACAGAUCAUGGGCAUCAUCCUCGGGCUCUCGCAAGGCGCCAUGUAUGGCGCCUACACGGUGACACUUUGGGCUGGUGCUCUCUUCAUAAAGAGAGACGAGUCCAAAUUCGGUAACGUGUCAAAGAUCUUCCUCAUCCUUGUGCUUAGUUCCUUUUCUGUUGGCCAACUGGCUGGCCUUGCCCCCGACACAUCUGGUGCACCAGUAGCCAUCGCCGGCAUACUGUCCAUAUUGAAGCGUCGCCCGACAAUCAACGAGGAUGCUACCAAGCGGCGAACAAUCAAUGAUGGGAGGCCCAUUGAUGUAGAGCUGAAGAAUGUGACGUUUGCAUACCCGUCGCGUCCAGAUGUGACAGUGCUGAAUGGAUUCUCAAUGCGUGUGAAGGCAGGGAGCACCAUUGCGGUGGUCGGUGCGAGUGGUAGCGGGAAGUCCACAGUGGUGUGGUUGGUACAGCGAUUCUACGACCCGGUGGAUGGGAAAGUGAUGGUAGGCAGCAUUGAUGUACGGGAACUCGACCUCAAGUGGCUCCGAGGGGAGUGUGCGAUGGUCGGCCAGGAGCCAGCCCUGUUCACUGGGUCCAUAAGAGAGAACAUCGGGUUCGGCAACCCAAAGGCUUCGUGGGCUGAAAUUGAAGAUGCAGCCAAGGAGGCCAACAUCCAUAAGUUCAUUGCUGGGCUUCCCGAUGGCUAUGAUACUCAGGUUGGAGAGAGUGGGGUCCAAUUGUCAGGAGGUCAGAAGCAGAGGAUCGCAAUUGCACGAGCAAUCGUCAAGCAAUCCAGGAUACUACUUCUGGACGAGGCUAGCAGCGCGUUGGAUCUUGAAUCCGAAAAGCAUGUGCAGGAAGCACUCAGGAAAGUCUCACGGCGUGCAACUACUAUCAUCGUGGCACACCGCCUCUCCACUGUCCGUGAAGCCGACCGCAUUGCUGUUGUGAGCAACGGGAGGGUCAUCGAGUUCGGAAGCCACGACGACCUUCUAGCGAACCAUCCUGAUGGUUUGUACGCUGCCAUGGUUAAGGCAGAAGUCGAAGCGCAGGCGUUCGCCUAG